GGAGGUUCCCUUGUGCAUCCAAAGUGGGACUACUAUGGAACGACGACUGAAAAAAGUAAACUAAAUCAAGAAUAAACAACUCAUAGUGGAUACAGUCUGAAGUUGGGGACUGAAUUUGUUAAUAAUCGGACAGCAUCUGAUAAACAUUUCCUCGGCUCUUCGGAUAGCAUAACGCGUCGAGGGUGCGGCGAAAUUGGGAUCAAUUGGCACUAGCAAGGUGUUUCUUUUUUUGGCGUUUUGCAAGCGUCAUAAACGAGAAGUCAAAGAUAGUUUUCGGCACUAAACUUUGCCUUCCACAUUUGCAUAGCAAUGGAACAUUGUAUCACAGUCCACGUUUUAGCCAACAUUCCAAGCCCGCGAUGAAGAGAAGAUACGUUUCAACGUUUAUUUUGAGUGCGGAGGCAACGCGCAUAGGCUAGUAAUUUAGAUAGUGUCAAUUUAUUAUAGGAAAAUGUGUGUCACUUGUAUGUUUGACAUGCUGAAAGUUGUAUUGAAAAUGAGGAUCCGCCGUUGAUGUUUGCCAUCUUUUUGCCUAUUAUUUCAAUGUUUGCCAAAAACGAAUCGCUUUGCCAAGAGUCCUCGUUAUCAGCCUUUUAUGGACAAGUUCUACUUGCAUUUAAUUGUGUUUACUUGACAAGUUUGUAGCCUUAUUGCUAAGUAAACCGUGAAUCAACUUUGAUUUCAGACCACAUAGAACACGAGGAGAAAGUUGGACUGAUAACUUGUUUUAAAUUACUUAUUUGGAAGAGUAGACCUAUUGUCUACAUCACAAGUGUUUGUUUUUACUUAAUUUUAGCACAACGCAAUUGAUGUACUAUAACAGACCUCACUCUCUAAAACUGUAUCAUAUUUCCAAUUUGAGGAGAGAUCAGUGGCCGCUCGAUUAAACUGGAUACAAAAUGGCGGCGCCCCUGGAGCGAAUUGGAUCGGGUUCCCACUAUGGUUUUUAUUUAGUAUUCUCGCUGGAACUGUUAAUCAAUUACGGUUUGAGCUCAGAUUUACCAUGUGCUCAGAACUGUACCUGCAAUGGAAAUUCUGUGGACUGUAGUCAUUUGGAUUUGACAGAUACACCGCUGGACCUGCCGAUUCGGACAGUUUCCCUACAUCUUGGCCACAACAAGCUGACAGCCAUAGACGUUGAAGUCUUCUCGAACCUCCCAAACCUACGAGAGCUGCGCCUGGACCAUAAUGAGCUGACGUCCAUCCCUGAUCUAGGUCAGGCUAUGUCUAAGAUCGCUUUCCUCUACCUACACAAUAAUAAGAUCCGUGCCAUCGAUGGAAGGCGGAUAAGAGACCUGGUCUCCGUGGAAACACUGGACCUGAGCAGUAAUGACAUCACAGAAGUCAGAGGUCAAGGUUUUCCCGCAGGCCUCCAGAUCAAAGACCUGUACCUGAGCAACAACAAGAUCCAUCUCCUGGAGGCCGGUGCUCUGGACCAGCUCUCUUCGUCCCUGCAGGUUCUCAGACUGAGUCGGAACCGCAUCUCCCAGGUCCCUGUCAAAAGCUUCCAGCUCCCCAAGCUGACCCAACUUGAGCUGAACAGGAACCGUGUGAGGCAGGUGGAGGGGCUGACCUUCCAGGGCCUGGCCAAUCUGGAGGUCCUCAAGCUGCAGAGGAACAACAUCAGUAAGCUCACCGACGGAGCCUUCUGGGGCCUGGCCAAGAUGAAAGUGCUUCACCUGGACUAUAACAGCCUGAGGGAGGUGAACAGUGGCUCCAUGUAUGGCCUGUCUUCUCUUCUGCAGCUCUUCCUCAGCUACAACUCCAUCUCCCACAUCAACCCAGAUGGCUGGAGGUUCUGCCAGAGGCUACGAGAACUGAGUCUGUCCUAUAACAACCUGAGUCGUCUGGACGAGGGUAGUCUGGCGGUGCUGGGGGACCUCCACACCCUUCGUCUGGGGCACAACUCCAUCAGUCACAUCACUGAGGGGGCCUUCAGAGGCCUCAAGGCCGUGCGCCUCCUGGAGCUGGACCAUAACGACAUCUCAGGCACAAUAGAGGACACCAAUGGGGCCUUCUCUGGACUGGACAGCCUCAACAAGCUAACUCUGUUUGGGAACAAGAUCAAGUCGGUGGCCAAAAAAGCCUUCUUAGGCCUGGAGGCCCUGGAGCACCUGAAUCUGGGAGAGAAUGCCAUCCGCUCUAUUCAGCCAGAGGCCUUCAGCAAGAUGAGGAGCCUCAGGAACCUGCUCAUCCAGAGUGACAGGUUCCUGUGUGACUGUCAGCUCCACUGGUUCCCUGAGUGGCUGUUGACCCGGGGGCUACAGACGGGCAUAGAGGCUAUCUGUGCCCAUCCUGAAACCCUGAAGGGUGCCAGCAUCUUCCAGGCCCCGCCAGAGAGCUUUGUCUGUGAUGACCUGCCUAAGCCCCAGAUCACGGUGCAGCCAGAGACCACAGUGACGGUUCUGGGUAGUGACGUGCGCUUCACGUGCACGGUGGCCAGCAGCAGCAGCUCACCUAUGACCUUCGCCUGGCGCAAAGACCAGGAGCUGCUCCGCCAUGCAGAGGUGGAGAACCUCGCCCACCUGCGCGCUCACCACGGGGGGGUGAUGGAGUACACCACCAUUUUGCACCUGCGUCAUGUGACCUUCACCCACGAGGGCCGAUACCAGUGUAUCAUCACCAACCACUUUGGCUCUUCCUACUCUACCCAGGCCCGCCUCACUGUCAACGUCUUGCCUACGUUUGUGAAGACCCCUGGAGACAACACCAUCCGUACGGGCACCACUGCCAAGCUUGAGUGUGCUGCUGAGGGGCAUCCCACCCCCCAGAUUGCCUGGCAGAAGGAUGGGGGCACGGACUUCCCGGCGGCCCGCGAGCGGCGGAUGCAUGUGAUGCCGGAUGAUGACGUGUUCUUCAUCAUGGACGUCAAGCCGGAGGACAUGGGCGUGUACAGCUGCACCGCCAAAAACACAGCGGGCACCGUGUCUGCCAACGCCACCCUCACCGUGCUGGAGACACCUCACCUGGCCCAGGAGCUGGAGGACCGUAGUGUGGUGGUGGGGGAGACUGUAGUCCUGCAGUGUAAGGCGCUAGGCAGUCCCCUACCCAAAAUCACCUGGCUGAGGAACGACCAGCCCUUCCGCCCCUCCGACCGACACCACUUCACCCCCGGCAACCAGCUGCUGGUCAUCGGCAGCGCCGCUGUAGAGGACGCUGGGAGGUACACGUGCGUCAUGUCCAACAGGCUGGGCACGGAGCGUGCCCACAGCCAGCUGAGUGUCCGUCACUCCGCCUGCGCCGCUACGCCCGGCCCCAGCACCGCCACGGUGGGCAUCAUCGUCAUCGCUGUGGUGACUAGCAUCGUGGUGACCUCUCUGGUGUGGGUGUGCAUCAUCUACCAGACGCGCAAGAAGAGCGAGGAGUGCAGCGUCACCAACACGGAUGAGACCAAUGUGCCCCCAGACGUCCCCAGCUACCUGUCCUCCCAGGGGACCCUCUCGGAGCGCCAGGAUGUGUGUGUCCGUGUGGAGGCUGGUGGUGGACCUCUGCCCAACACGCACACAGACAACACAGGUUACGGUGAGGCUGUAGUGUGUACAGAGUGUAUGGAGAAUGGGAAUAGCUACUCCAAGUCAGACACAGACUACCUUCCCCAGGGACUGGGACCUGUAGGCCUGGAGUACCAACAACACCUCCACCACAUGGACUACAGCGUACCUUUAGGGGGGGACACAGGACCCUACACCGCCUCCCUCUGCAACGGGACCUCCAAUGGAGUUAGAAGGGACGCCCAGCCACCUGCGUUUCCCAGCAACCACAAUGUAUUGUCAUCACAGAGAAACCACAACGACAGAACAGAUACCUCCGUGAACAGGACGGGACAGAUGACGUUAGUGUGCUCCCUUUCCCAAGAGGAGGCCUUCCACAAGCCGGUGAAACUCUGCCCCGUAACAAGCCAAUACACACUGGACACAGACUGUGAGCCAGAGCUCAGACAGACUCUCCUCUCUAAUGGACAUACUCCCAGAGCCUUCCAGAGCCAUGCACCCCCCCCAGGAGAGCCAGUGACUAGCAGGCUCUCCCCACCAUGACACUACCAGACUCACUAGCCAUGAGUUGACUUGUUCUUUGCACUGGGAACUGCUACCUCAAACAGAGAGGCCAAGAUCUGAUCCUGUCCCCUGUUUGGACUAACGAGGCAGGAGCAGGGAGGGGCGUCUGGAGUUUAAGGCGGCGCUUGUGUGGGUGGUGUCCCGUCUGAGCGGAUCAGAUGUACAUACUGAAAACCUUCUCCUGGGAGGUGCCAACCAAUCCUAGCUCCUAAAUGUGACUUGCAUUUGAAGCAUGCAAAUGUAGGUAAUAUUCUAGAGUAAUGUGUGAAAGCGAGAGAGCUAUACCAUUGGACAAUUGACUGUACAUAAGAGUUUUCAUGUAUAUUAUAUAACUUUUACAAAGAGUUUUUGAAAUGAUUCUGUGCAUGAUAAGGAACGGAGUGAUGGUAUUUUUUGUUGUCUUUAACAAGCCUUGUCAGCCUCUACCUACCUGCUUCAACUGCCGUGCCUUAUUGCAUGAUCAAAGAAACCACUAACCGGACUCUUAAUAUAGCAGAGAUGUGAGAGCUAUCGGUACACUUUGUCAUACCAUGGAACACUUUAUUGCACUUGGAAUGUUGUUUGACAAAUGCAAACGCUGCCCAUCAUGGCCUUAAACCAUAACUCAUAUUUACUGGUAUUUUAUGAAGGAAGGGCUUUGAUUUGGGUACAACAUGGAACAAGGGGGGUUUGGGAUAUGAAAUGAGGUUUUGGAUGUUUAAGCACUUUUGUACUACUCAUACCUAAUAUGAAUGUAAGAAUUCUUAGUCAGGAAACGUGUCACAUUUCUGACAUAGCGAUGGAAUGUCAAAGUACUGACCACCACUGCACUUCAGUUGUCUUUGGUUUAGGGACUACGUCCUCCACGGUGCCUCAGCUCCCAUUUAUUUUCAUUUUUCUUUUGUCCAACUAAAGGCCCAGAUCCUUUUGAAUUCACAUUUGUCAUGAAUGUUGGUCCAACUUUUAAAAUCAUUAGUCCCCCACCCCAUCCCAAUAUGUUCAGCUAUAACAUGAACCUGCCAUGCUGUAAAGGGAAUGAGGAAUUGACCAGGAGGCAUUUUGAGACUGUUGUCACACUGUCCACACAGGGAAUGGCCAGUAUUUAGCCUUUGUCAUAGCACCACACAUCCUCAUCAUCGUCAUCAUUAUGGUACUAGUACAACCUGUUUAAUCAUUCAGGAACUUUUGACUGGUACAAACAAUCUCUUCAUUUUAUAAAACUGCUUACUGCUGGGAAAGUUGUGAAAUGUACUCUUGCCAAACCGAGGAAAAAUGCCCCAUCUUUAGGCCUGGAUAACCUGAAUGUCAGAUUAAACAGAAUUACAUUUUCCAAUGUAUGCUGUAUUUUUUUCUGUAAACACUUGCUAUUUGCGGUAUCAAAGGCUCAAAUUGUUUGACAUUUUAGCAUAUUCUUUAGAGAACAGGAAUUCUAGAUGGUCAGUCAGUUGUCAUAUCAUCCCACGGGGGUGACAUGCAGUCAUUUAUUUCAGUCAACUGAAUCCAAUGUACCAAUGUCAAAGUUUAAACAUUAAAGUGUCUAAUAAAAUCACAUUUUGUGGAGUGUUUUUCCUU